AUGCAACAGGCUAUCGACAUCGGAGAAGAGGCUAACAGCAUAGGGCUGAUUGACAUUGAGGCAGGUGACAACGAAACAAGGGUCCUGGUAAGUGAUGAUGAGGCCGGGCUAGCAAGAGUUGGUGAGGCAGGGCUAGCGGCGUCGGCUAGCUGGCACCGACGAGGUAGGGACCCAAGGCGAGGAGCUUUAGGAUGGCAAGCAUGCCACAACAGGCGCCGAUGGAGGAGUAGGCAGUGCACCAGGGACGACAUCACUAGGCGCAAGCAAGUAGAUGAGCUAGGCACAGCAUCGCUGGGCGCAGACGGGCAGCGUUAUGCGUGGCAGACGCGUUGA